AUGCUGGUUGAACGUAACCGUUUUUCAUUUGUCCUGUUCUUGCAUACUACUUCUCUGGCGUUUUCCAUGUUUGAUAACUAUUUCCAGCAACUUUCUAGUGCUGCCAUAUCCAACAAAUUUGCACGUUUAUGCUUCAACCGUUACUUGUCGUGGUCGAAGCUUUACCGUUAUACUUCCGAAGAAUUGGUUUCUGCAGCAAAAUAUGUGUUAUCAAUCUUGGCUCGUAUAUUUCCCAUAUACUUUCCGAUGGGAAACAUGGCGACGAAUCUGUUUGUGAUAUUUUCCCUUAUUGUCGGUGUUAUUAGCGUCGCCACUUCCGUCACCGGUGUCACCGACGUUCUUCAAUGGAAUGGCCCUAGCUUAUGUGUCAUCGCUUCUUCUUCCCUUCUCACUUGGGCCCUCACUAUGCUUGCCAUGGGGUUGGCAUGUAAAGAGAUCUACAUUGGGUGGACAUAUGCCAAUUUGCGGACAUGGGAGGUGAUGACCAUAAUUGCCAGCGCAACGCAGCUGUUUUGCACGGGUGCUAUCCAUGCCGGGGCCGGAGAUUUUGCUCCGACCACGCUUGCCGCCGGAACAGUCUAA